AUGGAUUGCGGAGUGACCUUUGGAGGAUUUGUCGACCGAGACUUGCGCUUCUUACGGGAAGGCGGUGUCCACGUCUCUGUCAAGAAGCAUUCCGAGCUCAUAGACGUUGCCAACAAGAUCCUAUCCGACUCAACAAAAGAGGAGAUCCGGGCAGCCCUUCUCGGCACCGAUGCCGCCCCCAGUCACAUCAACUGCGUCGAGACUACCAUCGAGCUGUGCGCCGGCCUCCUCGCCAUGGUGGAGGUGGGUGUUCACAAGUACGGCUUUUCUGGGUCGAAUCCUCUGUCCUGGUACGACAAACACAGUCUGAGAGAGGCCAUAAAGCAGUUUUUUCAGCCGGGGCAGCACUUAAAGCCAGACAACCAGAAGCUGGAAAGGCUUUUCACUGCUCACAACCUCAGCAGUAUCGGAGGGAUGCGAAUCAAGUGGACAACCAACUUGGUUGACCAUUUGAUGUUGACGGACGACGAUCAGACAGUCUUCAUCUUUCACUGCGUGGGUUUUUUGGAGUUUCAUCAGAGCUUCGCGGAUGCGCUGUUUCCCGACGGCUUCAUGGAGGAAACCCUCAGAACGCUCGCCCUACUCUUCCCCCAGAACAACAGCAAAUCACGGCGCUGGAUUCAAGCUCAGAUAGCGUCGGGCAGGCAAAUUGACACAAGCCUCGCGCGAUGCGGUAGCCUAAGGGCUCACGAGCGGCGCUUCAGCAACUUUCACGUCUGGCAUGAUAGACUCGUUGUCCUGAAGCAGGCCUUUGACGACUCGAGUCCACGCACUUUAACCCAGUGGUGGAAUGAUCGCCGAAACUCAGUUCAGUGGUACACGUUUUGGCAUACGGGCAGAGAUAUGAUAUACUGA